AUGGGAAACUCUUCUCUCCGCGGAGGCACAAUGCUAUUCUCUUGCAGUGCUGAGUGUAGGCUAUGCACCAAGCGACAGUCGGCGAGUCUGUGCAGAGAAAAUCUUGGAUGCACUGAGUCAGCGGGCCCUGCAUCACCUGAGAGGCAUAAGAUCCUCAAAGAGAUCAAGAUGGCUGGCAAAUGUUACACAGAUGAGAAUGAUGAGGCACCCGACAUUGAUGGCGGCAGGCUGAUAGCGAAUCCGGACCUCAGCUCUCGAUGCUCCAGCUGCUUCCAUGGCUUUCGCAAGCCCAGUAUUGGCAUUGAAGACUACCUCAUGCGAUUGAGGGACUAUUUUAUGUGCAGUGACUCUUGCUUCCUUCUUGCCCUUGUCUACAUCAGCCGCUUUUUGGACUUCUGCCCAGAUUUUGUUGUGAAUGCUUUUUCGAUACAUCGGCUCUUGGCGACCAGCUUGGUCGUAAGCGUCAAGUUCCAUGAAGAUGUCAUUUACAGUAAUACUUUCUAUGCAAAGGUUUGCGGCUUGCGACAGGAGGAGCUGAACCGAGGAGAACUGGAAUUCCUCAAGAUGAUCAAGUGGGACUGCGGAGUUUCACAGGAUGUGAACUCGCUGUACCAUGAGGUUCUGCACUUGGCAGAGAAAUCUGCUGUCAGCAGAGCAUCAGCCAAUCUAUUUGCAAGUCAGUGA